AUGGGUCGCGAAGACCAGAUUGAGGAGCGUGAAGUGCUCGAUUCAAUCUUUCCCGAUGAAAUUACCGACAUAUCUGAAACGUCGUAUCGAGUAUCCAUAACACUCGAUGCUCUCGAAUAUGAAGGCGACGAAACGGAACAACCGGUGAUAUGCUUGGAAGUCUCCUACCCUGAAGACUACCCCGAUGUUGGCCCGAAUCUCAGCAUUUCCUCUCCACCUAAUGCCCCGAAGCAUGAUCGGUUAGAUGUCCAGGAAGACCGGGACCUACUGAUGGAGUCUCUUCAGCCCACUAUCGAAGAGAAUCUGGGUAUGCCGAUGAUAUUCACACUGGUCAGCGCACUCAAGGAAAGCGCAGAGCAGCUUAUGAUCGAGCGAGCAGCGGCCAUUCAAGCCGAGAAGGACCAAGUUGCCGCGAAGAGAGAGGAGGAGGAAAAUCGAAAAUUCCAUGGUACACCAGUCACUGUCGAGUCAUUCCUGGAGUGGAGUGCCAAGUUUAAAAAGGAACAGGAGGAGGAGGAACUUCGGGCACGGGAAGAAAAGGAAUCAGAGGACAAGAAGAAGAAGACCGUCAAAGAAGAGAAAAAGCUCACAGGCCGACAAUUGUGGGAGAAGGGCUUGGCCAAGGGUGAUUAUGACGAGGAAGAGGAUGAUGCCUUGCCGCCUGUGGAGAAGCUCAAAGUUGCUGCAUGA